AUGUCUGGUCAAGACAUUCAUCCAAAUAAAUACAGUGAAUUACGAAGUAAGUAUAAAUACUACAUUGAUUCAUAUGUUGCAUUGUAUCAGCUGAAAACAGAAAAAGAAGAAGAAAUAAACAAGAUUUACAAAAUGAUCAAAACAAGCUUGAUUGAUUCAAAUGGAUAUCCACCAAAACGGAUUAUGAAAGACAUUUUAAAUAUCAUUCCGUAUAAUAAUCGCUAUACUAAAUCAUAUUUAUUACUUGCUAAACUUGUAUCAGAUGAUUAUCAUGUCAAUGAGAUCAACAAAGUUGAACUUAUUUCAAACUUCAUGUUUUACAAAGAAUAUGGAAUUAAAUUAAACAAAUCAGACAAUUUCGAAACAAUUAACUCAAAAAAUCUCUAUAUUCAUACAGAAGAUACAAUUUACCGAGCAAUUAUGAAUAAUGACUUAGAGCGAUUCAUCACAUUCACGGAAAGAGAAGAACUUGAUGAAAAUCAAAAACUUAAAUGCGAUUUAUAUCCAUAUUCUUAUUAUGGAUAUUCAUUACUUGAAUUAUGUUGUUACCAUGGAGCAGUUGAUUGUUUCAAGUUAUUGAGAACGAAAUUUAAGUCAGAAAUAACUCCAACAUGUCUAAAGUUAUCAUUUUUAGGCAGAAAUCCAGAGAUCAUGAGUGAAUGUUUGAAAUAUCAAAAACCAAAUGAAUAUUGCAUGGGAUAUGCAAUUAUUUCACACAACAUUGAUUUUGUUACAUUCUUGAUGAAUGAAUACAAUAGAGAGAUAGAUUUAGAAGAUUGUGAAAUUUACAAUAAUCUUGAAUCCUUUUUAGUUUAUUUCGAUCAAACUAAUGAUAUUAACGAAUGCUUUCUUUAUUCACCGAUUUUUAAUAUUCCAUCUCUCUGUGAAUACUUCCUCUCACUUGGUGCGAAUAUCAAAGUAAAAGAUAAUAGUUUAAGAACCGCUCUUCAUUAUGCAGCAAGAGAAAAUAGUACAAAAUCUAUAGAAGUUCUACUUUCACAUGGCGCGAAUAUCAAUGAUCUUGAUGGAUUUUUUGAAACAGCUCUUCAUUAUGCAGCAAAAUAUAAUAGUAAAGAAACAGUCGAAUUUCUUAUUUCACAUGGUAUAAAUAUCAAUGAAAAAGAUAAAUAUGGAGAAACCGCUCUUCAUUAUGCAGUAUAUAAUAAUAGUAAAGAAAUAGCUGAACUUCUUAUUUUACAUGGUAUAAAUAUCAAUGAAAAAGAUGAAUUUGGACAAACCGCUCUUCAUAUUGCAGCAGAAAAAAAUAGUAAAGAAAUAGCCGAACUUCUUAUUUCACAUGGUGCAAAUAUCAAUGAAAAAGAUAAACAUGGAAAAACUGCAUUUCAUAUAGCAGCAGAAAAAAAUAGUAAAGAAACAGCCGAAUUUCUUAUUUCACAUGGUGCGAAUAUCAAUGACAAAGAUAAAUAUGGAGAAACCGCACUUUAUAUUGCAGCAGAAAAUAAUAGAAAAGAAACAGCCGAACUUCUUAUUUCACAUGGUGCAAAUAUCAAUGAAAAAAAUGAAGAAUGA